AUGGCAGUGUGCCAGAGCCACUCAGGUCUGUCCUAUGGAGGCUUCUAUACCAACGUGUUCAGUGACAGUGAGUUUCCCGUUAUGCUGGCGACUAUCACAGCGUUUGGGCGUGGGGCUGUUACACACCCUCUCAGCUCCUCUAUUACAGCAGUGUGGGACCAGGAUGGUGGAUUGAUAAGUGACCACUAUGGGAACAUCACGAAGGAGUGGAGCUGGCAGACUGAUCGUGCACUGAAGGAGAAGAUCGUUAUACAGUUGUCAGAUCUGAUCUCUGUGAUGCUGCUCAGCGGUACCUCUGCCAUGCUCAGCUUCAGGUGUAACAAUGAAAGUGUUCAACUUCCUCUUUCUGCCUUGCCUAACAUUAACCAAUCUAAGGAAACGCUGUGCUUGCAGACUGAUGCAAAGUUUACAUCUGAUGCUGCUCAAGACAUCCUGCUGGCAAGGACGACAAAAUCCCCUGCUGUGGUCCUACAGAGCAAGAGGAACCUGACAGCAUCAAGUGUCCUGACACAGAGCGGAUGCCAGCUGCCCCACUGA